AGUAAUUUGUCAAUGCGAUUCUCAAAAAAUGAUUUCAUGUGGCGCAGUGAAAAGUAAAUUGUGAAAAAAAUUACAAUAUUUUGGUUAAAAAACGAUGGCUGGACGAACGGAAAGAGGGGUUGCUAGAGUUUUAGAAAAAUUAGAGGCAUCCAUAAAUUCUGGUCAAUACUAUGAGGCACAUCAAAUGUACAGGACACUGUAUUUCAGGUAUCUAGGUCAAAAGAAAUACGACGAUCUACUAAAUCUAUUGUACAAAGGAGCAACACUUCUGUUGCAAAGAGACCAGCAGGGCAGCGGCGCAGACUUGGCCAUCCUACUUGUAGAAGUUCUCAACAAGUCAGUAACUAAGCCCAACAAGGAAUGGAUCGAGAUAUUAGGACGGCUGUUCGAGCUCAUGAGCGACAGCAUACCGGAGCGGGAAACAUUUCUUACCAACUCUGUGAAGUGGUCAAUGGACAGCAACAAAAAAGGACACCCAUUACUACAUCAGAAAAUAGCAGAAGUCUACUGGAAAGAAAAAAAAUACACAGCGGCACACAGGCAUUUCCUACAUUCAAAUGAUGGAGCUGUUUAUGCCAGUAUGCUGAUAGAGUUGCACACAACUAAAGGCCUAAAGUCAGAGAUAGACAUGUUCAUAGCGCAAGCGGUGCUGCAGUUCCUGUGCCUCCGCAACAUACAGAUGGCUCGAGAGACGUUCAACAAGUACACGGGCUCACACCCGACCAUAAAGAAUGAUAAAGGACCACCAUACUUGUUCCCAUUGCUAAAUUUCCUAUGGUUUCUACUUGUAGCUGUUGAACAAAAACAAGUUCCACAAUUCAAAAUAUUGAGAGACUGGUACUCCAUAAGCAUAAAGCGCGACCCCAACUACUCUGUGUACCUCGACAACAUCGGCCGCAUCUGGUUCGGUCUGGAGGUGCCACAGACCAACAGAAAUCCCAACACAAUGUUUGGCGGACUCCUCAAGUCUAUCAUAGGCGAAGACGACAGUUCUGACGAUGAAGAGUACGCGGGCAACGCGGCCGCUCCCGACUUAGAUUAGCUAAAUGUAAUUAUAGAUCAGUUAUGAGUUUAACUUAACUUACCCUUAGGGUGACUUGCACCAAACAUUUAAACGUAUUUAAAUCCAUGGCUUGCUUGCUUUAAAAGGACGUGGUAGGUGAUAGGACAGUUGCAAGACAUGCUUUAAAUAUGUUUAAAUAUUUGGUGUAAGUGACCCUUAUUUUACUGACUUAUCAGCAACUUGAUGCUGAUGAACUCAUCUAACUGCUCCCUGCUGCAAUGAAUUGGCUUGUUUUGUGCGUUCUGGGUGCCGGUUCACUGGUCCUUGAGGUGUGGUACUUAUGGUAAAGUGCAAUAUAUCAUAGUUAAAUAUGUUUUGAUGCACAUGGCAGACUUGCUUUUGUGGCCAUAGCCAGACUAUUCUGGCCAAAAGAGUUUAUACUCAUGGUCGGCGUUAUAAAAUGUCAUCUUCAUUUGAGGUAGAUAAAAUGUGGAUACAACUAAAAUGUUCAAAAACAACUCGCCCACCAAAUAUUUGUUUCUCAACCUCAAGGACACAGCUAAAAGGAGACGCGGCAUUUUAUAAUUUUAUUAUAAUAGUGGGCAAGUAUUUUCAUGAAACUGGAUUCAUUUCCACAAUGUCGGCUAUUUUUAACACUGCUGUCCAAAUGUUUAAUUCUUAUCCUCAGCGCUAAAGAAGACUUGUAAAGAAAUCACCAGCUUAUAUGUAUUAAAAUUUACCAAGAAUUAAAUGAACUGUGUGGUGGGAUGUUAUUUAUUAAAAAUAUUUAAUGUAAAAUAAGAUGUGGUACACAACUAAAAACAAUAUUAUAGUCAACAUAAUUAUUUACCUUCUCAAAAACAAUGAUUUACUUUGUUAUCUUUUGUAUUUAUUUAUGUACAUAUGAAUAGAAUACCUAAAUACAUUAUCUUGAAAAUCUAUGGAACACACAAUAUACCUUUGUGGAAAAUGUAAAUUAUAAUGACCUUUAACCAUUUGCCUACUUGUUGUUGAGGUAGCACACGUUUAGUUUAUUGGGUAACAAUAACUUUGGUGAUUAAAAUAGAUAACAUUAACUUAAUAAUUUGAUACACAGUAAGUAUUCAUAACAUAAUUCUGUUCACAUUAUGGUCAACUAGCAUAAAAUCCUAAUUUCAAUAAAAAUAUCACAAAGUAGAA